AAGUUGAUUCUGAUUCAACAGUGUCCCUAGUGGUCACCUGCGCAAUUACAACUGCUUGUCCUCAGCGUGGCGCACGUUUCUCUCAGUCUGGAGCUGCUACGGCCAAACCAGGAUCUACAGAUCAUGUCGAAACUGCUAAAUUUGAAGGUUGUGGACCCAUCAUGCCUCUGGGCUCAGCUGGUGGGGGGCAGUGGUGUGGGAGCUGUUGGCAAAGAGCAGUACGACAAGCUAUUUGCUCAGAUGAAUCUCUUCUAUAACGACGUCACCAGGGAGGUGUGUAUGGUGACGCCCUCCUCCUUGGGCGUGGGACAGAUGUGCGUGGUGUAUUCGUCCCAGAUGAAGAUGUGGUGUCGGGCCAUGCUGGAGGCCAUCAUCUUUGACUCGGUGACUUGUCAUGCUCGUUGUUACCUGGUAGACCACGGAGAGCUGCUUGUUGUCGUCUUCAGGCAGAUUCGGUUGGUAGAAGAGCGCUUCCUCCAACUGCCUUUCUGGAUGAGAAGAUUCCACCUGGCCCGGGUCACACCAACAACGCUGCAUGUGUCCUUCUGCGAGAAGGCAAAGCUGGUAACGGCCAGUAGGUGGGACAGCUCAGCGACGUGCUACAUGUGCAACCUGAUCAAAGCGUCCAGUCUGACGGAGGCCAUGUUGCUGGAGCCCGAGUCUGAUUCGACCGCCAUUGAGCUCUAUGUGACCAUCAAUGAUGUCAAGAUUUGUGUCAAUGAUGAACUUGUGGCCAGGAGGUUUGCUGUUUACAACCAUGAGUCAGCUGACAGCAGAAAGCUGGACCAGCAAUCUUUCAGGUUUUCAAGUGGCAUCUUAACUGCGCCAGCUUACACGCUUGCGAUCAACCCUCCAGCACAGACCUCGCUUCCUCCAGCUACUUACACGGAUGCAGAAACUACAUCUCCUUCUUGUUACACUGAUGUGGGAAUUGCAUCCUCUCAACCUGCUACCACCAAUGAGUCUCAGGGUCAAGACUCUGAGCUUAAGACCUCAGAGGGAAUCGGCAUGUUAAAGAAUGGACAGUUCCUUUGUAGCCAAUCAGACAGUGAUUCGACAGAGGGCUCAGAUGCCUCUCUGGCUGCUGCUCUUAACACAAACCUCAGUCUCUUCAGGUUCAUGAAGUUUCUCAAUCCUGGCUGCAGCUUCAAAGAGGCAGAGCCAACUUUGAUUCCCAGUCAGGACAUGACAGGGUGUUCACCUGAAGAAGACUCCAGCAGCUUCACAAGGAACCGCACGGGAGAGGAAAUCGAGCCACUUCCAGACCAGUCAGACAUGAUGAAGACCAGCAACUGGGCAUGCUCUAGACUUUUGGAGUGGUUGAAUCCACAGCCUUUCAAGCUCCAUUCCGACGAUGACCAGGUUGGUCAUGGCUGUCCUCAGAUACUUUCUCAUGCUCCCAAGAGAAGUGACAUGCUGGUACACUCAGGCAUCCCGGUAGAGCCCUGUUCAGGCCUGGAUGACGCCCCCAUCACUGACAGCCUGCGCAAGGUGUUGCAGAGGAAGCAGUUUUGCAUGCUUCCCGCUGACCACCUCAGCUGGCCUGCUGUGGCUCAAGGAAACAACACGGUCAUUAUCUCCAAUGCUGGAGACCAGCCCCAAAGCUACUUGGCCCCACUCCUCACUCACAUGCUGCUCAGCAGCUGCAUCUUCACCACCUCGUCCUCCAGAGCAGGACCAGUAGGAGUUCUCCUAUGUCCUGGAUGGGAGAAAGUCCAGUUGGUGUGUGACCUCCUAGAGGAGAGCAAGGUUUCCCAGAGUCUUAAUCCAAUCAGCAUACUGCUGGGCACUGGCAAAAACGAAGCUAAAGAUGUCAAGAUUCCAAAAAACUGCCUGCUGUUAGUGACCACUCCCUUCAGCCUUGUUCGUCUGCUGUCAUGUCAUUGCUUUCUGUUCCUGCGUAUGAGCCACUUGGUGCUGGAUGAGGCAGACAGGCUUUUCACUCUCGCUCCAGAACAGAUGGAGACCAUUUUGCAGCAUUUUCAGAUGGUAAACUCCCGCCAGGAAAUGGCCUUGCGUCCGCAGCAGCUUGUCGCCGUGGCGAAGCGUUGGACGAGUCACAUGGAGGAUAUGUUAGCAAACCACAUGCCCUACCCCUGCCUCAACAUAACCAUUCCCGAAGAAGCAGCUCUUUACGGCGAUGUACAACAGGCUGUCCUCAUGACAUUAGAGAGCAGCAAGAUCUCUGCACUGUUGGGUGCAUUAGAUUUUAGCCCUGACAUCGGUCAGAAGACUCUCAUCGUCACCAACUCCGCUGAGGAGGUUGAAAGCGUUUUUAAGGCUGUGAGCAGUAAAUCAGCGUUCUGUCUAAUGUCUCACAAGGGUUUAACGCACAAAUUUGACUUUGUGGUCCAACAGUGGAGCAAAACCAUUGGGCCUGGCACUCAAGUCAUUCUAGUCACCACCAAUGACUGUUUGAGGUGUUUUGGGGUCACAGAUGCCACUUGUGUCAUCCACUUUGGCUUCCCAAGUUCACCCAAACUGUUUGGAUGCCGACUCCUCUGUAUGAGCAGCAACUUCAGGAACCUCGCAGAACCAGACUCAACACUGGCAGGCCCCAAAGUCACCAGGUCCUUGCUGCUGGUCUCUGAGAGGAACGCUCACCAUGUUAGCGGUCUUGUGCGCUAUCUCAGGCGAACAAAUGCUCUUUUGCCCUCUGAGCUGCUGUCCUUUGCAGAGAGUGCAGAUGUGGCAAAGGAGGAGCAGAAGACUGAGCAGCCACUUUGUCACUACUUGAAGACCUUUGGAGUGUGCAGGGCCAGCACUGUUUGUCCAGACCGCCACAGGUUUCUUCGUCAACUGGAUAAAUCUGAGCUUCCUGCCUCUGGUGUCAUAGAGGUGUUGCCUCUCUAUGUCAAGACGGCAUCAGUCUUCUAUGGACGUAUAAUUAGGAAAGAAGAUGGUGCUUUUGACAGCAUGGCGUCUCACAUGGCCUCUUACUAUGCUGACAAGGAACCUUGUCCUCAGGAGGUUCUGGAAGGAGGCUUGUAUGCGGUGCAGGAGAAUGACAUUUACCACAGGGUGAAGGUCCUAGCUGUUCCAGACACGAAUGGCCGGCUGUUUUAUAGAGUCCUUGUUCGCUUUAUUGAUGUUGGUAAAGAGGAAGAAGUUAAAUCCCACCAGAUUCUACAGCUACCAGAGGAGUUCCACUCUCUCCCCAGCCAGGCAGUGGAGAUGAUUGUCUGCCAGGUGAAGCCAGUCGACGCAGAAACUGACUGGCAUCCCAAGGUGACAAGAGCCAUCAGCCAGAAGAUCCAAGGUGUCCAGCACCGGGCCAGAGCGGUCUUCAGUGUGGGAAACACUGUCUUUGUUGAUCUUAUGGUUCGGGAGACCCGCGUACCCGGAAUGAAAACAGUGAUAAUUGAGUAUAAUGUUCCUACGCUGAUUUUGAACACGGGCAUGGGAGAACGAAACACAGAUCAUCUCAGACUUUUGGAGGAGAUGUGUCAGGGAAGAGGUACCCCCUGCAGCAGCGAGGCAGAUCACACGUCCUGGAACAAAGCCUUGGAGAGAGUUCUCGUGGGCAAGAACCUUGAUUGUGCAGCAUCACCACAGCCUCCUGAGUCCAUCCUGCAGCCUUCAGUUUGUGAUAUUUGUGAUGCAGACAAGACGGACAGCAACACCUAUGAUCUGAAGUUUGGAACAGAAAGUGGACCUGACUCCAGAACACUCCAAGUACCUCACCAUAACAACUACAGAGAUGGUGUUCCUUCUUGUGAUGACCAAAACAAUCAACAGAUCUUCGGUUGUCAUGAAGAUAACUACGCUACAAAAAAUCUGCACCCUCAGGUUCUUUGGUACCAGACGUCUGACCUGGUAACCGUGACACUGAAGCUGAGGAACCCGCAGAGUCAGCGCUGUGAUUUCCACACCGACUGUGUCAUGUACAGUGGCAGUGUGAACGGUCGCAGCUACAGAACCUAUCUGGACCUGCACGCCAACGUGGUGGCCGAGCGUUGCUGCUGGGAGCUCAAGUCUAACGAACCCGUCCUUAAACUGGUCAAACAAGACCAGAGCUACUGGCCAACGCUGGUCAAGAACAAGAACAUUUUUGUGAGUUACGACAUGGAGCACUUGGAGGAGGAAGACGAUGAGUCGCCACAUAGUGAUUUCUUUGUUGGGGAAACGGGAGAAGACGUCUACUCUGUCAGCUUGGACAGCAGCACUGACUCUGACUGAAUCUAUGCUCUUUGUCACAUGUCACUGCUCAUAACGGAAUACUCCUCAUGGACUUACAUAUGUAACACACUCAUGACAGAUACAUUUAUUGCUACAGUGUGUGAAAUAAUGAUUUCAUCUUGUAUAUUUGAAGUCUCCCUUACAAUGACAUGACAGUCCAGAUUUUUUAAUGCUAGGUUUGUUUAAAUAUAAUAGAGUAGGUGAAAUAAGUUCUUGAGUCCCUGCUGAUCUUGUUAGUUUACCACCUCAUAAAGACAUGUACAGUCCAGAAUUGCUAUAGAAGUUUUAGUGUAAUUGGAGGGAUGAGGUUUAAAAAAAUCCAGAAUAAAUAAACUUGUAGAUCGUAUAGUACCUCACAAAAGUGACUUUACUGUCCCCUUUCAUGGGACAACAUUGACAUUGACACUGUGAUACAGUGUAAAGUAGUCAGUGUAUACCUUGUAGAGACCGUAUACCUGCGUUCCCCACAAAAUAACUCAAACACAUUAACUUGCAGUGGUUCUCAACUGGUGGGAAAAUUUUUGCAAACAUUUGGUUGUUAACUGAAAAACACCCUAGCCCGGAUGGAUGUUAACCAAGGCAUGACUGUAUUUAAAUAUUUUUGAAUUGUACUCUGUUUAUCUGAGGAGUUGAAUGAGAUCAACUGGACUAGUUUGAUUUUCCUGAAGAUGUUUCACAUAUCAUCAGGGUCCAAGUCCAGUUGCUAUCAUUCAACUCCUUAGCUAAAACAUCUUUGCACAAACUCUUUGUUCAAAGAAUUAUUUCAUUUGUGGAUAAAAAUGUAUUAUUAUUAUUAUUAUUAUCCAGGAAGAGGACACAAUGCAAUGCUUGCAGCAGGUUAGAAAGUUAGCGCCCUCGAGGCAGUCAUGUAAUUCAGUCAUGUAAAAGUAGUUCUGGUGCUACCCGUUUUGCCUUUGUUCAUAUACUGUACAUAAGAUGCAUUUCUGCCAAAGAAUAAGACUGGGCAGGAGGGUCUUGCCUGUAUGUGACAUUAAUAAAAACAGAAAACAAAAUAAAAAAAUUUAUAAAAAAUUAAUUAAAAAAAAGUGACAGUCACAAGUAGGCCUGGCACGAUAUUACAUUUUGCGAUAUUAUUGUCAAUAUUAUUUUGAGACCUUAGUUUUUCAUUAAUGUGAUGAUAAUAUACAGCAUAAUAUGAGUACACAUAUCAAAAACGCUAAACUUUAAUUUCUUUAACAUUGUAAUUGGAAGGUCAAGAGCUUGCAAUAAACAAAAAGGUAACCCCAAUGAAAAUAAAAUGGCGUUUCUCUCCAAGCAGAAAUAGCAUUAAAAAAAUCACAAUUGCAUUUUGUAUAUUAAUUUUGAAUCGGUGUCACUUCGUCAUUGUCUGAAAGUUGACCAAAAAAAACAAGAAAUCACCUUUAAAUACUCUCAAGUUCACAUUAACAUCAGCUAAUUUGAAUAUGCAAAGGCAUGAAAGUGUUUGCCCCCUUCCUGAUUUAUUUAUUUUGUGUCGCACUUAAAUGGUUCAGAUCAUCAAACAAAUUAAAAUAUUAGUCACAACAACACAACUGAAACCAACCCGUUUUUAAAUGGAGCUUUUUGUUAUUGGGGAGAAAAAAAACAAUCGGAACCUACAUGGCCCUGUGUGAGUAAGUGGUUGCAACCCUAAACCUAACAACUGGUUGGGUCUCUUACAGCGCUGUGGAGGAAUUUUGCAGAGCUGUUGUAUUCAGCCACAUUGGAGGGUUGUUAUAAACCAAAGUUAGAUUUUUUUAAACUUUCACACAGGACCAUGUAGGAUUGGAUAUUUUUUUCCUCCUUUAGUAAUAGUUUCAAUUUAAUAACUGUGUUGUCAUUGGCUAAUAUUUAAAUUAGUAUGACGAUCUGAAACAUUAUGCUCAUUUUUCGGCCCUUUGUAUUGAAUCGUUGACUCCUAUAGAGCAGCUACACACGAUAACUCACACGUGGAGCUCAGAAGCUGGAAGUGUGGGCGCUGUGUUUACGAAGUGCGAACAAUCCUGGUAUUAGUCGUGGAAAUGUGGUCAUUAAACGUUUUUUGCGGGGCUACUGUGUUCCAGACAUCAGUGAGCUUGUAAUUUGCAUGCAUGCAAGUAAGCCGGUGUUCAUACAAACAAGUGUUCAGAGUAGGGUUGGGCAAUAUGGACCUUGGCAUAUAAAGGAUAUUUUUGGGAUGUAUCAUGAUAUGACGGUAUAAAACUUAAAUUCAGCAUAGUCUUUUAGAAAAACAAGCUACAAACAUGAAGCCAUAUAAUUACAUACAGCACAUUUACUUAUUUCCGUUGGGUACUCCGGUUUCCUCCCACAUUCUAAAAACAUGCUAGAUUAAUUGGUGACUCCAAAUUGUCCAUAGGUAUCAAUGUGAGUGUGAAUGGUUGUUUGUCUAUAUGUGCCCUGUGAUUGGCUGGCGACCCCGCCUCUCGCUUGGUUAUUGAGGCCUGUUCCUCACCUCUCUCACAAUCAUCCUUACCCCACCAGGCGAAAACUUGCAUGGAAUUCCAGAGCGAGGGUGAUGGAUUGUUUUCUUCGACCAUUCGUGAAUUAUUGCACCAAUAGUGAUUUAAAGGUUCCUGUUGAUGGUGUUGUAGUCCAUUGUAGUCUUGUGAAGGCCUACAAUAUUGUCCGUCAGGUCCUUUGAAUGGAAGAGUGUGUUUCUGUGACAGGGGUCUGAUAUAUAUCCACUUGAUAAUUUGACAUUCGGAGUACUUUACUAAAUAUACAGGAGUAAUUUGUUUGUUUAACGGGCAUUUUAUUGAUCUCUGAGGUACAAAAUGCUUGCUCAUUGAUCAGUUACUUAUUUACCUCGCUCUAAUUAAAGUUUGAACAUUAGUCAUAUGGUAAACUUACAAAAUCAGCAGGAGGUCAAAUAUUUCUUUCCCCACCGUAUGUAUCAUCUGUGGAAGGAGCUGAAAUAUAAAGUUGGAUGGAGUGGACCAAAAUCCCUCCCAAGAUGUGUGCAACAAACUACAUGAAAAGUCUGACUUCUGAGCAAAACAAACCUACCAUAAAGGUUAUGGACUGUUGAUGUAUAAUUAAAACGUAAAAGUUGGACAUUUUUUCUCAUUUUAAGUCUAUAUUAUUUGACAUGACAAGACAUUUCAAGCAAAUGUUUUCUUUUUUGUUACCAUUAACGUUUAUGCCACAUAUAAAUCAAAAGAUAGUUAUUGGAAUGUGUUUGAGAGGCAGUGAUUUAGUAUGUUUGCAUGAUGCCUCCCAGGUGGUCCGGGCUUGCCCGGCCUGAAGGCCUCCGGGGCAGACCUAGGGAGGGGUUAUGUCUCACACUGGGGGGGGUCCUCCCGGUGGAGCUUGAGGAGGUGGCCAGGGGCCGAUAAGUCUGGACUUCCCUACUGAGGCUGCUGCCACUGCGACUUGGGGAAGAAAAUGGCAUUGAAUGAUUUAGCUAUGUAUUCCAGUCGCUGGUUUAAAACACAAUUUUUUGUCAAUUAAUGUCGUUAUUAGAUGAUGUUUUUGUUCACGUGGCUGUCUUGUUGAGUUCAUUAUUUGCCAUUUGUUCUUUUGUCGAAUAAAUGUGAAAGAAUCUUCAUCUUAAUAGUACAUUUGCUUAAGUGCAUGGACCUGUCCAGGAUGUAGACGGCCACACCACUACGUCCGCUACGGGGCACCGUGGAGUUGCUCUGAGUGGGUGACAUGGAUUUAACAGUGGUCUGGUUACAUCUCUCUCUGUGUGCGUAAAAACAGCACAGCUGCUCUCCUGCAAAGGAUCGUUGGUUAGCAUAUUUGCAGUAGGUCCUUAAAUGUGUUCUUACAAGUACAGCCAGGGAUGCUAGUAGUCCCAACUAGGGUGACCAUAUGUCCCGAUUUACGCUGGACUGUCCCACAUUUUAAUGAUUUUAAUGCAUCCCGCAAAUUGACUCGCUGUCCCACAUUUCUGAUUGACAGGCACCAAUUUCUAAAAUAUUGUUUUUUAUCAAACGCCAAACUCCGAGAGCAGACAACAUACUGGAGGCUAUCGUGGGGGCGGGUCGUGGGCUGUGUGCAUGACUGUGACAGGCAAGGGUUGCUGUCAAUCAAACAACCGGGCGCACAUGCAGGAAAGUCAAUUCAACACAGAGAUUUGAGAUGAUGAAUGAAAAUGGAGGAAUCUGACAAAGUCAGAAGACUGAAGAAAAGGAAAUGCAGUUCCAACAAUGUUACCUCAAUAUACGAUGAGACUGACUAAUUACAGCCUUUAUUGUGAGCUCCUAUUUGUAAUUAAUGUCUCCAGGAUUGACCUAUUUGCUAGCAGUUUGUUGUUUUCUUAAUGCA